GAGCGUAGCGCGUAGACGCUAUUGUACUGGUUACGUUUGCAUUAUUUCGUAAUAAAUUUGUAACAAUACUCAGCUGUUUCGUGUAACUGUCGUGUUUUGUGGAACCGUAUUGUUGUUUAGUGUUGUUUCAGUAAUGAUCAAGAUGAAAAGGAUUUGUCACCUCAUAUUUCGUCUGCUAUUUUUACUUGAUGGUGGCGUGUGGUCCUUAAGAAACUUGUCAAUUUCGGUCCCUCGUGCAGUCCUGUCUGGCGAGGGUCAGUCGGCGGUCCUACAAUGCUCUUAUGACCUGGAGGGUGCUGCCCUUUACUCCAUACGGUGGUACCGGGCGGAGAUAGAGUUCUACAGAUACGUCCCGAGAGAGAUGCCACCGUAUAUGAUCUUCCCGCUGCCCGGAGCGUCGGUUGAUCUAGCUCAGUCUGAUCACCAACAAGUCCGAAUCGUGAACCUGAACCGGCGACUAAGUGGUGACUACCAGUGCGAGGUGUCCGCUGACGCACCACUCUUUCAUACUGACAUACGAUCUGCACCAUUAACUGUUGUUGAUCCGCCGUUUCGGGCGCCUCGGAUCACAGUUGCACAAAGAAGCUACUCCCGAGGUGACAUCAUUCGUGCCAACUGCACCGUUGAUGAAGCAUAUCCUGCUCCCAACAUCACGUGGAUACUUGAUGACCAUAAGAUAGCAGAGACCAUAUCAUGGCGAUCAUCAGAAAAUGACUUCAAGGAACGGGGAGCCUUUAGCCAUCUGGAGCUGACGCUAUUGGAAAACCAGCAGUACCAGGUGGGAUUGACGUACACCAGCGCGGGCCUGCAUCGGGUGUAUCAGGACCAUGCCGUAUAUGGACAGCAGAACGAGGAUCUAAAUGUUGUCAGAUACACAUUGGUACCUCCGGAUAGCAGUCAGUUCACAUUGGGAUGUGUGGCAACUAUUUUUGACAUCUAUGCACGACAGAGCGAGCCCGUCUAUAUUAAGGAAGACACUCCCCAUCCCGCUUCAGUCACGGGAGAGGACUCCUCAGGUGCCAAAAUUACGAGCAGCCUCCUAGUAACAUCUCUUUGGACCAUGCUAUUGGUGCAAGCGUUAUGAUUACUGCAUCCAUGAAGAAACUCAGUCGAUUUCAUGUUGUGAUAGUUGUACGACCGUGAAGCAAACCUUUAUAAUCAUUCCCAAGUACAGCGUCAUUCGAAAAUUAACAUUUUAAACAUUUUUGAACUGAUGAAAGUAAAUUAAGUUGAAUAAUUUGAAAAUCAAUUUGUUAAAAUGUUUGUCGGUAUUAGUACGACGCUGUACAAUUUGUGCCAAACUAUUAUUGUUAAGUUUAUUAUGGCCAUAAUUUAAUUGGCUAUGAGAAAAGUCCAGUUUAAAAUAGAUUCUCGUUUUCAUACUCGAAAAUAAAUUCGCAAACAAAAUGUGAUAAUAAUAGAAAAUAUAAAUCACAAUGAACAGUAGCAACUAACUUAGAUCGUUAAUAUUUUUUAAAAUUCUUUGUUUUAAUAGGAUUAGAAGCCAAUUAAGUCAUUUUGAUAUUACGCAACACUUUAAAAAUUCAUACAGACACAAUAAAAUUAAUACUUGUAAAAAACGGGUUUUAAAGUUUAGUCGUUAAAGGGAGGACAUUAAAGUAAGAGAAAAGAUCACAAAAAGGAUAAAUUGUGUUAUCGUUGAAACUACCACAAUAGAGAAAAAAAAGUAUAUUAUAGUUAAAGUAUAUGGUCCUUAAUAAAAACCAGAAGGCAGAUCUUAAGUGCUUAUCAAAAUAAUAUUUGAUUUAAAACUUGUUUGACGAGUAUAAAUUAAACGAUUAUUACCACGCCUCCAAAUAAAGAUUUUUCAUUUACGCAGUUAAAAUAACAGAGCUUAUGUCAUUACGUACAUUAUUAAUUUACAAUAAAACGUUUGUAAAUGAAUUUGUACUCCAUUUAACGCUUUGCCACCUGUUUUACAUUAAAGCUUUCUUGUAAAUAACAUGUGGUAUCUUCAGUGUUUUUGCUGUUUGUAAGGGUAUACGGUCAAAUAGUUCAU